GUUGACCAAGAUGAGUGCCAAGGCCGCUACGACGACGACGACGACGACGACGACGCCGGCGCCUGCCGCGGUGGCCGCGCCGGCCGACGACAUGUUCACCUUUAACUUCGAGAGCAACGACGAGGAAGAUGAAGAAGACGAGGAAGAGGACGAAGAGGACGAAGACGAAGCGGCCGAGCCGUCGGCCAAGCGUGCGCGCAAGGACGCGGAUAAGCCUGUGCGCCAGGUGACCGUGCCCCGCGAACCGACGCUCAAGAAGCUCGAUGCGAUCACGGCCGCGCUCAUGAAGGCGACGGACAACGACGACGAUGGUGGUUUUUCCAUGUUCAACACGUCGUCGUCGUACCCGAUGCAGAUGGUGCUCAAGAAGGAGAUGGCGGUCGCGCGCAAGAUGCUCAAGGAAGGCAAGCACUCGCAGGCGCUUUGCGUCCUCAUUGCCAUCUUUAUGAACAUGGAGCGCUACGACUACUGGUUCUCCGACUCGGACGACAGCCGCAUGGUCGAGACGACGUUCACGUCCUUCUACAAGCUCGUGCAAGACGCGCUCAAGAAGGACGACGCGACUCUACGCCUCACGGGCCGCGACGUGCUCAUCGAGGAGAUGGCCAAGCUCGGGCGCGCGGCCAAGGAGUCGUUCGACUACGAGUUCAAGUGGUUCGACUAACUUUUUUCAUCGUCUAAUUAAGGUAUCUAAUCAAAGACUGUGCGUCAAUAUCGGGUUUAGUACCUAGCACCUUG